UUGGCUUCCUCGCCUCAGCACCUCAGGGAGGCGUUAGGGUUUCUCGGGCCGCCCUCACGAUGGGCAAAACUCCGAAGGACUUGGGCUCGGGAGCCCGACCCGACCCGGUGAGGAGCUUCAAUCGCUGGAAGAAAAAACACAGCCAUAGGCAGAACCAAAAGAAGCAGUUGAGGAAGCAGCUGAAGAAGCCCGAGUGGCAGGUGGAGCGCGAGGGCAUCAGCCGUCUGGUGCAGAGCUACGAGAAGAUAAAUGUGAAUGAAAUUACAAGAUUUUCAGAUUUCCCCUUGUCUAAAAAGACAUUGAAAGGUUUACAGGAAGCCCAGUACCGCUUGGUAACAGAGAUACAGAAGCAGACGAUUGGGUUGGCUUUGCAAGGCAAAGAUGUGCUUGGAGCUGCCAAAACUGGAUCUGGCAAGACUUUGGCUUUCCUUGUUCCAGUGUUGGAAGCCCUAUACCGUCUACAGUGGACAUCAACAGAUGGGCUGGGUGUUCUGAUAAUAUCACCUACCAGAGAGCUGGCCUAUCAGACUUUUGAGGUUCUCCGAAAAGUAGGGAAGAAUCAUGACUUUUCAGCUGCUCUCAUCAUUGGUGGGAAGGAUCUGAAACAUGAAGCUGAAAGGAUCAACAACAUAAAUAUACUUGUUUGCACACCAGGUCGGCUUCUUCAACACAUGGAUGAAACAAUAUGUUUUCAUGCUACCAAUCUUCAAAUGCUAGUUCUUGAUGAAGCAGAUAGAAUCUUGGAUAUGGGCUUUGCUGAUACUAUGAAUGCUAUUAUUGAAAAUCUUCCUAAGAAACGUCAGACUUUACUUUUCUCAGCCACACAAACCAAAUCUGUAAAGGACCUUGCACGCUUGAGUUUGAAAAACCCUGAGUAUGUGUGGGUUCAUGAAAAAGCAAAAUACAGUACUCCAGCUACUUUGGAGCAGAACUACAUAGUUUGUGAGCUACAUCAAAAGAUAAGUGUGCUCUACUCCUUUUUGAGAAGCCACCUGAAGAAGAAGAGUAUUGUCUUUUUCUCCAGUUGCAAAGAGGUGCAGUACCUGUACCGAGUGUUCUGCCGGCUCCGUCCCGGAAUUUCUAUCCUUGCUCUCCACGGCCGACAGCAGCAGAUGAGAAGAAUGGAAGUCUACAAUGAGUUUGUCCGCAAGAGAGCUGCGGUACUCUUUGCUACUGAUAUUGCAGCCCGAGGGCUGGAUUUCCCGGCUGUUAAUUGGGUUCUUCAGUUUGAUUGUCCAGAGGAUGCCAACACAUAUAUUCACAGAGCGGGUAGAACUGCCAGGUACAAAGAGGGUGGUGAGGCACUUUUAAUUCUGCUUCCUUCAGAAGAGCAAGAGAUGGUACAGCAGCUUCUCCAGAAGAAAGUACCUGUGAAGGAAAUCAAAAUCAAUCCAGAAAAGCUUAUAGACGUCCAGAAAAAAUUGGAAUCCUUUUUAGCUCAAGAUCAAGAUUUGAAAGAAAGAGCUCAAAGGUGUUUUGUCUCCUACAUACGUUCAGUAUAUCUUAUGAAGGAUAAAAAAGUAUUUGAUGUAAGCAAGUUACCUAUUCCUGAAUAUGCAUUAUCUCUUGGUCUUGCUGUGGCACCUCGGGUAAGAUUUCUUCAGAAAAUGCAGAACAAGCCCACCAAAGAAUCUGUAAGGAGCCAAGGCGAUGAUGUCAUUGAGUCCAGAGCUCCUUCCCUCACCAAUGAUGAAGUGGAAGAAUUUAGAGCCUAUUUCAGUGAGAAAAUGUCCAUACUUCAGAAGGGUGGGAAGAGUCUCAGAGGAUCAGACUGCAGAGUGGCUAGUGAUAGUAGCAAUGAAGAAGAGGAAGGGGAGGAGGAGGAGGAAGAGGAAGAGGAAGAAGAAGAGAAGGAGGAUGACAAAAUGAAAGAGAAAUUAGGAAAAGCAAGAGGAUCUCAGACUGAAUCUGUUCCCAGUACUGACAAGGUAAAGAAGGUCAAGGAAGUUCCUGUGCAGUUCCUUAGCGGUGGAGAUGAAGAGGAAGAAGAUGGACCUGAUGCUGAUUUCCUUACAGUGAAGCGGCGUGAUGUAUUUGGGUUGGAUCUUAAAGAGAAUAAAGCAUUACCGAAGAAAGAACCUUCUAAAGCCAGUGUCAAGAAAAAAUUAACCAAAGUUGCUGAAGCAAAAAAAGUAAUGAAGAGAAAUUUUAAAGUGAAUAAGAAGAUAACCUUUACUGAUGAUGGAGAGUUGGUUCAGCAGUGGCCACAAGUACAGAAAUCUACCACAAAGGAUUCAGAGGAGGAAGAUGAUGCUGGUGGUAUCAACUUAGAAAAAGCAAAGGAAAGACUUCAGGAAGAGGACAAGUUUGACAAAGAAGAAUACAGGAAGAGGAUUAAGGCAAAGCAUCGGGAGAAAAGACUGAAAGAAAAGGAAGCCAGAAGAGAAGCCAACAAGAAACAAGCAAAGGCUAAAGAUGAAGAAGAAGAAGCCUUUCUGGAUUGGAGUGAUGAUGAUGAUGUUGGAUUUGAUCCAAGCACCCUUCCAGAUCCAGAUAAGUACAGAAGUUCUGCAGAAUCAGAUAGUGAAUACAUGGAAAACAAUAUAAGUGAUACCAAGAAACAGCAAGGAAUGAGGAAAAGGAACAACAAUGAAGCAGAAGACAUGGGACCAACAAGUCAUCAUAGAAAGAAGGCCAAGUGGGAAGCCUCAGAGCCUUUGGAUACAGGCCUUUCCUUAGCAGAAGAUGAAGAACUGGUGUUGCAUCUGCUUAAAAAUCAAAGUUAAAUAUUUCCUGUGCUGUGUGCACCUCAAUACCUCUGGACAUCACUGUGUGGACAUGGAGUUGAAAACAGCUUUGGGACACAUUCCCAAAGGGCACAUUUUCCACCCAGAAGGAUUCCACAGAAGGAAACCUCUGAGACCCUUUCAUAGGUUCUGUUUUGCACCAUCAAGGAACAUACGCAGAAUAAGGGUGGGUUAUAAAACUUCCUAAGCCCAGUUUCAGCAUGUGCUCUGUUAGGAUUUAUCUAUGGGUUCCUACCCCAUGUCAUUGGAGCCACUUCAUUUCUUUGGUUUUGUUUGUGGAGUAGUAGGGACUCUACCCAAGACUUUGCGCAUGUUGGGCAAGUGUUCUACUGAGCUACAUCCUCAGCCUGUUUCCUUUGUUUUAGUGGCAAGUGCUAGAGCCCUUGUUUCAUUGUUGGAAAUUCUUGUUUUGCUUAUAGUACUAAGUUUUGAUGUUACUGUCAAAUGGCUAAUUUUGAUGUUUAUUUUAUACUCUAAAGAGACUUAGUAUGAUGUACCAGCCCCCAAAAAGAAUGAGUAUUUUUAAUAUAAAUAUUAAAUAAUAAAUGUACAUCCUAUAA